AUUUGUUGAAUGCGGAAGAAAACAGUAAGGGACCAAGAAACUGGAAACAUGUUGAACCUCAUGUGCUACAAACUUGAAACAAAUCGUGAACUUUUAAUUUUGCUGAAGACAAAACCGUCUCGUAGGUUAGAAACGUCUUUAGAUGCAGUGUAGUCGGACUUUACGUGUGUUGUGUGCGCGCGCACGAGAGUAACUUUGAUUAGAAGAACGAUUGAACAAAAUACGAUCAAUGUAAUGAAAUGUUGAUCAGAUUUUAAUGAUACGUCUGAUCCCUCAUUGCACCCUUAUUAGAAAAACAAAAUAAACACGAAAGAACUUUUGUGGAGGGCUGUACUUCUGGAAUUAAUCUUCUGAGACGGAGAUCGACUCUUCCCAGCUCUCGUCUUCGAAUAUUUGCCCAUCAGCUGAAUUGCUGUUGGCAGCACUGCAUUCUUUCCACGAAUCUCUUGACUUCGAGAUCUGACCUGCAAAAUACAUUCCUCUACGUGAAGUGUUUUAGUAGCAGUUGACAGCGUAAUCGUGGAUGUGGAGGGUGGCUGCCAUGACGACGACGGCCCCACGCAACUUGACUCUGGGAUUCUUGCAGAAAGUUUUCGACGAAACUGAAUCCGACGUUUCCGUCACGUCCUUUGAGGUUGCCACGGGAUCGGGGCGUGGUGACAACUACACCGCUAUGCUCUACCGGGUUCGAGUAAAGGGCACGGAUCAGGAAGGAAAGCCGUGGAAGAGUUCUGUCAUCUACAAGUGUCUACCAGAUAACCCUGUUAGACGCCAAGCAUUCAAAUCGGAUGUUUUGUUCAGAAAUGAGGUGGCAUUCUAUACAAAGACGCUGCCUGUGUUGCUGGAAUUUCAGGCAUCCCGCGACGUUUCUACCCCAUUCCGUGCAGCCCCGCGGUGUUACCGGGCCUGCGACACGGAACUGGUUCUUGAAGACCUGUGUUCUCGGGGGUUCGUGAUGACGGACCGCAAGGCAGGGCUGGACGCUGACCACUGCAAGGCAGCGAUGCGAGAGUUAGCCCGUCUACAUGCCUUAUCGUUAGCCAUGAAACUCUGUCGCCCUGAAGAAUUCGCCUCCAGCGUCGUUGCCUCUGUGCAGGAAGCAUUGUUUGUGCCGGAAAACGAGGAUUGGUACCGGGGCUACUAUAAUGCUGUGACCCGGAACGCCCUGACCAUGGUACGCGAAGCAUUCGGCGAUGGAACUAGGUACGUAGAUAAGUUCAGAGAUUUCGUCGACGAUAGCGAGUUCUUUGGGCGAAUGGUUUUGCUGGUAAAGCCGCAAGAACCACUCGCAGUUCUUUGUCACGGAGAUUAUUGGACCAACAACAUUCUGUUCCGCUACUCUGAGGAUGGAGAAAUACUUGAGGCGUGUAUGGUAGACUUCCAACUUGCGCGAUACGGGUCUCCAGCUCUUGACAUUGUUAACCUCCUCUACUGCUGCACGUCGAGGGAAACGCGACUCAAUCACAUGGCUGAUUUGCUGUCUGAUUACCACGCUGCCCUGAACAAGGCGCUGAGAGAGCUGACACAACAAGCCACAGACCUCAAAUCCGAUAUCUUAGAUCGUGACUGCCUGUGGCAAAUGAUACAAGAAGAAAUUCAUCGGUGUGGAAAGUACGGACUAGGUCUGGCCUUGGACAUGAUUCCAAUCUCAGUUUGUGACUCAGAUCAGGCACCAGACCUGUACGUGGGUUACGACGGUGUCACCAACGCCCUACCUGUCAGCACCUCGAGCGAGCUCUGUCAGCAGAAAAUGGCUGAUCUGGUACAAGAACUUGUUGACAGUAAUGACUUAUAGCAAAUAUGCAUCGCAUUAAGUUAAUUAAAUUCUACGAUAAAUCUUGAUGGGCGACCAGCAGCGUCAGUUAGAGUUUCUGUGAUGCUGUUUGCCGCAUGGUAAGGAGAAUAAAUUAUGUAUACGAGCAACAAAUAAGUCCCGCCCAUCGCAUUUCUCCCUGAUGAUGGAAACAGAGAUGUUCUCUGAAAUUUUAGACUCCUGAUCUGAAUUGAUACUUUCCUGAGAAGAUUUUAUCAAUUUUUUUGUUUUGUUUCUAAUUAAAUAUUAAUAACAGUGCCUUAAAAUCAAUCUUGCUUGAUAAACAUCACUCAGAAAUAUUUACGUCUCUGCAGAAACCCACAAGGAAAUAACUUGGUUAACUUUUCAAUUAUCCAGUUCUCUGUAUUUGUACUAAUAAAAUAAACAGCACAUCUAAAUAAAUAGACUAUAAAACAAAUUAUCUCUUAGUAAUGUACCGAGUAACAUGUAAAAGUAUGAAAAGAUAAAACUUAA